AUGCGCUCUGGGAUGACGAUCGAAUCGCCGCGAAGAAGUCCACCGAGCAGGAAGAUCAGCCGACCAAGCGGACAGGCCAAAGAAGCGACAGCCCAAGUAAAGGACAAACCUUGGGUAAAAAGACCGCCACCCUUGAAAGGAGAUCCGGAUAAGAGGGAUACCAGAAAGUAUUGCGCCUUCCAUGCGACACACGGGCACAAUACGAAUAAUUGCUUUGCUUGGAAAGCGCACCUAGAAGAACUCGUGAGAGAAGGUCACUGCACAGAGUUCAUCGCGAAGCAAGCCAUCCAGCGAAUCGAGGACCACAAUGCCGCCAAGGAGCCACCCGAAAAAGUCAUAAGGAUUAACACAGUCCUGGCUGACUCCGAGGAGUCUGGGUUGACCAGCAAGGAAAAUAAGAGGAAAAUCAAACAUGCCAUUGUGAUCUCCCAGGUCUCCACUAGUCUCCCACUGGCAGAAGACGAUCCCGUGAUCGGCUUCCAAAAGAAAGAUCUAAUCGGUCUCAAUCUGUCACACAACGACGCCCUUGUCAUCAGCAUUCAAAUCGCUCAGGCCAUGGUCGAUCGAAUCCAUGCAGACGAGGGCAGUGCGGCCAAUAUCCUACAAUUGGCAGUCAUCCAGCAGAUGGGCUUAGAGACAAAGAUCAACAAAUCAGCUAGGUCAUUAACCAGCUUCAAUGGCGCAACAACGGUUACCGUGGGCACGAUAGAUCUCGACGUCUACUCCCCACCUGUAAUCAGCUCGCAAACAUUCAUGGUCAUUGAUAAAGUCUCGCCCUACAAUGGCAUUCUGGGCAGACCAUGGAUCAGCAAGAUCAACGCCAUCACCUCCUCCACACAUCAGAAAAUCCGUUACCCUAUUCCUGGGGGCGGUAUCGGUCAGAUCAACAGUGAUCAGGCAAUGGCAAGGAAAUGCUCAGCUCAAGGGCUGAAGAGAAGCAAGCAAACACAGUUCCUCCCUGUAAAUCAGGCAGAUAUGAGGGGAGUAGAGCAACCAGAGGAGAAGGCAAAUCCCGUUCAUGACGGUCGAGCAGACCAGAAAGGAAAGGGAAUAGCUACUCCCCAAUAG